CCCUAGGCCCUAGGCACUCCCGUCGCUUCCCAAAACAACUUACGUGCGAGAAGACAAUCCAAUUUCAACAAUCAUCAAAAAACACUUCGCUUCUUACUUCGCCAUGUCCACCACCAAAACCAUGAUCCCUCUCCUCCUCCUCCUCCUCCUCUCUCCCCUCUCCACCACCGCUUCUACCGCCGCCUACCCCACAAUCCCGGGCACCAUAGACACCUCAGUCUCCUCCUCCCAACCCGACAACCUGAUUCCAAUCCGCAACGAAAUCUACGGCAAUGGUAAAAUCUUUGACAUAAGUCACAGAUACAUAAACGAUAUGCCGGUUUGGGACUCUAAAGACGGGUUGGGAAAGUUCCUGUCUUUACCAGCAAGCAUGAAAAAUGGGUCUCUCGCUAACAACUCAGAAAUGAAGUUACCUACUCAUACUGGCACGCAUGUUGACUCACCUGGACAUGUUUUUGAUCAUUACUUUGAUUCUGGGUUCGAUGUUGAUACUCUUGAUCUUGAAGUCCUUAAUGGUCCUGCUUUGCUAGUGGAUGUUCCAAGGCAUUCCAAUAUAACUGCUGAAGUUAUGAAGUCCUUACACAUUCCAAAGGGAGUGCGUCGCGUGCUUUUCAGAACACUAAACACUGACAGGCGGCUUAUGUUCAAAAGGGAGUUUGAUAGAAGUUAUGUGGGGUUCACGAAGGAUGGUGCAAAAUGGUUGGUAGACAACACUGACAUCAAGCUUGUUGGAAUUGAUUACCUAUCUGUUGCUGCCUGGAGUGAUUUGAUUCCAUCUCAUCUUGUCUUUCUAGAAGGCAGGGAAAUCAUCCUUGUGGAGGCUUUAAAACUGGAUGACAUCCAACCUGGAGUAUAUUCUGUCCAUUGUUUACCCCUGAGGUUGUUUGGCGCCGAGGGAUCUCCAAUAAGAUGCGUUCUCAUCAAAUGAUAACAUUCAGUGUUAGUUAUUGAUAUCAUCGCAAGACCAUGCCAAACCGGUGCACGGGUUGUGCUUAGGCUAGAGCAGGAGACAGGCUGGUUGUAAAGAAACUAAUAAUUCGAAGACUCUCUAUUAGCUUUAAGGACGUAUAUGAACUUAUUUUACCUUGAAUGUUUAUUUCUUGAGAUUUCAUCUCUUAUCAUUCA